UACUUGAUACAGACUGAGAGUUGCUUGCACGAGCACUUAAUGAGUACAGCAAUAUUUGUACAAAAGUCAAAGAAUAAUGUUCUUGUCCUAUCUUUUGAGAGCAUUUGUACAAAGAAAAAUUUAAGACAAACUUAUAACAUCCAACCAUUUGGGUAUCCUUUUCUAGAGUUGUUGCCCGUUAGCAUUCAUUUUGAUGCUGCUUGUAAUGCAUUUCACAAAAAUGCAAUAAAGUUUUUGCUUCCUUACCGAUUAAUGUACGAAAAUCGGAGCUGGCAUGACAGUCAGAAAUUUCUUAUCAUGGCCGCUGAUUUAAUAUUCCGUGGCCAAAUUGUACAUAUCCUUCCGGUUACUACGACCAACGCUAAGCAUAGAGCAUUUCCCAAAAACAAAUUUGUCAAAUGGGCGCAUUUGUAACGGAUAUUGCUGAAUGAAAUACCUCUGCAAUACAGGAGAGUCAACA